ACUGACAGCUGUUCUGUGCAGAAGGGUGGUUAGCUUUUCUUUCAAUGUAUGGGGUAGGGGUGCAUGUGGAAUGCCAUAAGAACUUUCACAAGCAAGUGCUAGUUCAACUGACGUAAUGCAAUUGAGAAAAUCGCCUUUAUAGGAUUUAUUUCUGUGGCAGGAUCUACGUUUAACUACUAUGGCCAGACCAUCGCCUUCAUGUCCAUUACGUUAUGUUUUGAACAGGCAGUACGACGAACGGAUAAAUGUAAAAAGGCGGCUAUUAAGAGAGCGUCUCAAUAAAGCCAGUAACCUUUACAGGAAAGAUCUACUUGCCCAUUACGGCUGUGUGAAUGCCAUAGAGUUUUCCAACAGUGGAAAGUUUUUAGUGUCCGGAGGAGAUGAUCGACGAGUUUUAAUUUGGAAUGUUGAACAUGCUCUCCACAACAUCGGAACCCCAUCUGUAAUGCGCGCUAAUCAUAUAAGUAACAUAUUUUGCCUGGCAUUUGACAGCACAACCAGCAGAGUAUUUUCUGCUGGCAAUGAUGAUCAAGUCAUAGUCCAUGAUGCUACAACUGGUGACCCGCUGGAUUUUUUCCUGCAUGAACAACCAGUGUAUGGACUGUCUAUCGAUCCUCUAAAUGAUUAUGUAUUUGCCAGUGCUUGUGAUGAUGGGAGGGUCCUCAUCUACGACAUACGUGAGGCACCAGGCACAGAACCAUUUUGUCUUGCUCGUUACAAUUCUGCUUUUCACGCUGUUAUGUUUAAUCCUGUGGAGCCACGCAUAUUGACAACAGCAAAUUCAAAAGAAGGUGUUGGUCUUUGGGAUGUAAGGAAGCCCUGUCAGAUUCUGAUGCGGUUUGGUGGAAAUAAUCCAUCACAGAGUUGUAUGAGUGUUCGUUUCAAUCAGGCUGGUACACAGAUAUUGGCUCUGAGACGCAGAUUACCUCCAGUAUUGUAUUCAGUGCAUUCUUCGGUUCACAUAUGCCAGUUUGAUCAUCCUGGCUAUUAUAAUUCAUGCACUAUGAAGAGCUGUAGUUUUGCAGGAGAUGAUGAUCAAUAUGUUCUGUCAGGUUCUGAUGAUUUUAAUUUGUAUAUGUGGAAAAUUCCAUCAACAGCUGAGGAAGAUCAGUGGGUUGAUACUGCACAUAUGAUUCUCCACGGACACAGAUCAAUUGUAAAUCAAGUACGUUUUCAUCCCACAAACUGUAUAAUAGCUUCUUCGGGUGUUGAGAAACUAAUAAAGUUCUGGAGCCCAUAUCCUUUGCCAGAUUCUGUAGGAAGUCUUGUUGAAGGCUGUCAGGCAGGAGGCAAACAACGAAAAGUUUUUACUCAUGAGGAGUAUAUCAAUUUGGUUCUGAGGACUGGGCAGUUUAUGACUCACGACUACAGUCACCAGUCAACAAAAGAAGAUCCACGGAUGAUGGCAUUCUUUGACUCACUUGUGCAACGUGAAAUUGAAGGAUGGAUCUCUGAUGACAUUCACAGUUCUGAUGUCUCUACUACUGCCUAUGCAGUUGCAUCCUCUCAAUCUGAUUCUGAAUCUGCAUUUACAGUAUCACCAGUCAAUAAUAUGGAGCAUAAUGAAAGUGAACCACAGGAAGCCCAAAACAGGAUAUCACAGCUGAUAGCCAGGAAACGAUCUCAGUUGAUGCGACAUGCAAAAUCUCAGAAUUCAGAAGAAACUUUAAGGCUGAAGAAAAAUGGCAGACAUCAUGGACGGUUCAUGAACACUUUUCAUAAGCCGCCAGGUGGUUUUGUCAGUGAUACUAGUGACAGUGAGGCAAGUGUUGCAACCAAAAGGUUGCGUACAACAGAAAAUGAUGAAAAAUACAGAAAAAAUUACUCGAAAGGCAUUGACUCAAGAAAAAAUGGUAGUUUGUUUCAUAAUACAAAGUGCAAAAUAUCUGUUUCUAAAGCUAAGAGUAAAAGAGAACUGAAAAAUAACUGUGAUAUUAGAAAACAUAGGUUAAAGUAUAUGAUAGCAUAUAGUGACUCUUCAGAUGAUAACAACAACAACAGCAACAACAAUAAUAAUGAUGAUGACGAUGAUGACGAUGAUGAUGAUGAUGAUGAUAAAUGUGAAAAUAAUAAUGAUAAUGAUAAUGAUGAUGGUGAUGAUGACGAGUACGAGGAAACAUGGCAGCCAUAUGAAACAAGACGCAAAGUGUGGACAAAAACUGUAAAGCGUACCAAAAAGUCUUCUGCUUUGGAAAAUCAAAAUUGUGAUUCUACCUCAAAGAAAACAGUCACUGUGGUACCUACUGAAGCUAGCACUAGCAAUGUACAAUUUUCAGACAUUAGCAGUAACCGUAUUAGAAAAUUCUAUAGGAAAAGGAGAAAAUUGCAUGGUGAGAAGAGAAGAAAAAUAAAUUUUGAUAUUUUGGAAACUAGUUCUAGUGGUGAUGCAGAGACAAAUAAUUUUGAUCCAGUAAUGAGGAGUUGUGAAUGUAAGUCAGAAUGUUCAAAGAAUGAAGAAGGGUUGGAACAAGAAAGUACAGGGAAUCUCACUAAUCGCAGCAAGGACAGUACAUUUGACUCAAACUUUGAAGAUGAACAAAAAGAGAAUUCUGUCUCUUGUGUUUCAGAGUCUGGUUUGAUUGCAAAGCAGAAAGUUCCUAUUUCAAAAAACAAUGGGGCCUUAAUCUCAGUGUCAGUUCCAUAUGGUAGAUGUUUUGAAGCUUCUGAUGUUAACUGCUCAAAAUCAGAUGUUUCCAAUGUACAUUUGAACAAAAAUUGUCCUGAAAGUUCUGUAGUGAGUCACCUUGCAUCAGAAAAUGCAUCAGUUUAUUCAACACCAAAUGGAAAGCAAAAUAAUCAAUCCAUGGAAGAAUGUGAAACACCAGAUAGUGGAAUAAUUGUGAAAGAAUGUACAAGUACUGGAAGUGCAACAUCUAUUCAAGAUACAGUUUGUCAACCUAGCUGUAGCAGUAGAGAUAGUGUCCAUGUGCAAGAAGCUUCUCAUAGCACUGGGAGCAGGGGUGCAGAUUGGACAGUUUUUAAGAAGUUUAGAAUAAAGAACAGAGAUAGAAUUAGAAGAAAUUUUAGAAGUCGUCAUGAUGAUUCUGAGUCUCCUUAAAGGAUCUGUGAGCUCAUAUCAUCAUAAUUUACAUUAUUUUUUGUGUAGGCUAUUAAGAGGGCUGCCAGCAUUACACAAGAAAGUACUCAACAAUUUUUGUGCUGUAUCAGAUGUCAAAUUUUGCUGCCACCCUCAGUUUGGAGUUGAUAGUCAGCCACUGGUGCCUAAAAUAUUUUGAUUGAUUACAUUUAUUGGUGAAACGACGUGAGAAUUACUGUUGUAGAAAAGUCUUCAUAAACCAUUGAAAUAUUAUUCCAUAUUGAGUGGCUUGAGUGAUGUAAUUUCAGGAAUACCUCACAAAUGGUUUUAUAACCAGUGUUAAGUAGUCUAGCAUGUGUUACAACAUUUUGAUCAUAUGAACUAAUUCCAUUGUUCUUUUGUUUUGUUUUAGUACAUUUUUUAGUGUUGGAUUAUUAUUGCAGUUUAGCAUAUUAGAGCAAAUUGAUCUUCCUCCUGUAAUUGAAAGAUAAAAUACUAAAAUUCUGAGUACAUUUUAUUUAACAUGCUCUAAUUUAUGAUUUAUUGUGUGUUAUUUUUCAUUUUUGAGAGUCUGUUAGUAACAUAAAGUUACUGAAGAAGUAUUUUCUAAUUACAUAAGUUGUCUGUAAAGUCCGUGUUCUUUCAGAUGUUCAAACAAUGUCUCUUUUUGUGGGUAGCAUUAAAUGUAAAUCUAGUCAGUAUGGUGAAGGACUGAUCAUAUAUUGUAAAGAGAUAUAUGUUGAAACUUAUACUUCCGUAAAAAUAUGAAGCUUCUUCUUUUCCUGUAAACUUUGCAAAGUUUUCUGUAAUUAAAUUUUACUGAUACAUAAUGUUAAGUGUCAGCUUGUAAGUUGUAUCCACACAAAAUAUGAUAGAGACAAUUACAUACCAUAUUUUAUGCUGA